ACUCUUCUUUUCUAGACAUUAGAUACUUAUAGAACAAUACAUCAGCUCAAGCUAUCAUUUAUAUCUUCAUUAGUUGUAACAACCCAUCAAAUAGCAUUUAAUCCCUUGUUAGCUCGCAGUUGCAAAUGCCUUCCAAUAUGUUCAUUCAGCAAACCAAGAAACGAUUGACAUUGGACAAAAUCGGACAAUUGGAAGAAGACUUAGAAUCCGAUCCAUUGAACUAUAUCAAAUGGAACAAACUCAUUGAACAAGUCAUUGCUAAGGACAAUCAAGAACAAGUACGGGCGGUAUACACCAAAUACCUAUCCAUUUUUAAAUUUGAUGGUCCAAGUUGGUGUAAAUACAUAAGAUAUGAAUUGAAUCGUGGUGAGAAACAAAAAGUGGAGAGCCUUUUUCAACAAUGUUUUGCCAUUACCGACAGCGUUGAGCUUUGUCGAUUAUACGUCGAUUACGUCCGCAGUGCUGCUGAUUUCAUCACUGGUGGGGAGCAAGCUCGUGGAACUGUGAUUCAGGCGUUUGAAUUCGCCAUUGGCAAAGUUGGCAUUGAUAUCAACAGUGAUGGUCUUUGGAAUGACUAUUUGGGGUUCCUAAAAUCAUGGACACCAAGUGCCAACUGGGAACAACAGCAAAAGGUUGAUUUGGUUAGAAAAGUAUACAAGAAAUACUUGGUUAUUCCUACAGAAAAUAUCGAAACGUCGUGGUCACAAUAUACCAAAUGGGAGAAUGAGUUAAACCCAGCCACGGCUCAAAAGUUCAUUUCUGAAAAAUCGGCCGAAUUUAUGUUGGCCCGAUCAUGGCAUACGGAAUGGAACAACCUCACUGAAAAGAAAUUGAAACGAACUGUAUCCCCCUACUCUGUGGUUGGUGAACACCAAGAAACAAUUCACCAUCAAUUAAACCUCUGGUUGAAAUGGAUUGAAUUAGAGAAAAAGAACACUCUUGAAAUCAAGGACGAAACUUUGAUUGAAAAGAGAAUAAGUUAUGUCUACAAACAAGCAACUUAUGCCCUCCCAUUUGUCCCGCAAUUAUGGUUUACGUAUAGUAAGUACUUACUUUUUAAUAACGAAGAAGCGAAUCUCGGCGCAUGUAUUGCCCUUUUGAAGGAUGGUGCUUCCCUUAAUCCAAAAAGUAUGCUUCUCUCUUUCCAAUUGGCAGAAUUGUACGAAAAGGAUGGCUCGUUUGAUAAUGCCAAGGAAACAUUCAAUGACUUGAUCAACGCAUUGACGAAUGAAUUCAAUGGGGUCAAGUCGCAAAUUAAUGAACUUAAUGAACAAUUGAAACAGAAAACUGAAGAUGAUAACGAGGAGAAUAGUGAGACUACCGAAAAGAAGGAGUUUAAAAUCUCAUUGGCGGACUCGAAACGACUUGUCAAACUUGAAGAAAUUCAACAACGUCUAGCUGACUCAAUUACGCUCGCUUAUAUUAAAUUGAUGGUAGCUAGUAAACGAGCUCGAGAUAUCAAGGAAGCUCGUAAUGUGUUUAAAACUGCUAGGAAAUUCGAAAAUAUCGGGUAUGAAAUAUUUGUUGAAAGUGCUCUCUUGGAACAUUAUACGGGCAAUCCCAAGACUGCCUUGAAAAUUUUCGAUUUAGGAAAGAAGUUCUUCUCCACCAAUGGGAAAUUCUUGCUUGCAUACUUGGACUAUUUGAUUAUGAUUAAUGAUGCUGAAGCUAUGAGAAGCACGUUACAAACUUCAGAUACUAGUAUAUCUAAAGAAAUUUCCUCGAUUUCGGAAUCUCUCGCGCUUGGAGACCUUGAUCCGAUAACCAAGGAAAGAAAAGAAAAAGAAUUGAAAAUUAAAAAGGAAUAUCUUAGGAAAUUAUUCAAGAAAUAUAUUUCCUUUGCUGCUGACUAUUUACAAAUGGAUGUCACAAACAGUUUUGUGAAAAAGUAUGAACAAUUGUUACCUGAAGAUGACCCCAUAGAUUUGUUCACGGACAGAUAUAAACUAGGGCAGUCAAAUCUUAUUAAAAAGACGGAAAUAGGAGGAGAUGAAUAUUCUGAUAAUGAAGACGAAGAACCUCGAACCAAAAAGAGAAGAGUAUCUAGGAAAGCACAAGAAGAAGUAAAUACCGUAGUCCAAAAUAUCCAGGAGUCAACCACACAAAUUACCGAACAAGAAACAAAACCUCAAGAUUCGUUUGUUGGGCCCUCUAUUAUUGCCUUAAUGGGUGCACUUCCCAACGCUUCCUAUUUCGGAUUACCUUCAGAAAGUGUGUUUGAUAGUGAGAAACUUGUAACUUUAUUUGCCAAUCUCCUGAAUAUUCCUCAAUAAUAAAGCAUUUUAUAAUUACAUGUAUUUUAUAUAGUAAUUUAAAUAUAAUCUC